AUGUGGUGUUCAAGGAAGACUGUGAUUCUGCUUGCAUUGGUGUCCAUACCAAUUCAAUACACAGUGAUGAAGAUUUUCAUAGAUUUUUAUGUUCAUAAAUGUCUGUUUCCUAACUUUUUGAACUGUGGCUUGGGACAGGAUGUAAAGUCCUUCGAUUGGAUGUGUGAUGAGUACCCGUAUUUUAGUUGCAAUUCCUCCAGGAAGACUAACAUUCUCAUCUUGGCGACCCCACGCAGUGGCUCCUCUUUCUUUGGACAGUUGUUCAACCAGCACUCAGAUGUUUUCUAUCUUUUUGAACCACUGUAUCAUGUCCAAAUUAUCUUAAUGCCUCACGCUACUCCCCGCAGAUGUGCUGUUGAGCACAGGUUGAUGCUGGAAGCCAGUCGUGACCUUCUUAGAAGCUUGUACAACUGCGACUUUUAUUUCUUAGAGAGUUACAUCAUGCCGCGGCCGGCAAACCAUACCACGGACAAACUGUUUCGACGAGGAGCCAGCAAAGCCCUCUGCUCUAUGCCGGUCUGUGAUGCUUUCAGCCCCAGCGAUGGCAAUAUAGAAGAGGGGGAUUGUGUUCGAAAGUGUGCCUCCCUUAACUUGACCCUCGCUACCGAAUCAUGUCGGGAAAAACAACAUGUGGCCAUUAAAACAGUGCGUAUUCCAGAGCUCAGUGAUCUUAAAGCACUGAUCAAGGACCCUCGGCUUAAUCUGAAAGUUAUCCAGCUGGUGAGAGACCCGUGUGGGAUUUUAUCUUCUAGGAUUGAAACCUUUCAUGACACAUACUGCCUUUGGCAGAUCUGGAGAGACACGGGUCGUAAACCUUACAACUUGGAUGUGACUUAUCUCACGACAAUGUGUACUGACUUUCUGAACUCUGUGUCCACUGGCUUGAGCCGACCGCCAUGGCUUCAUGGAUGGUACAUGCUGGUGAGAUACGAGGACCUGGCCAGGAAUCCACUCCAAAAAUCCAAGGAGGUUUAUAAAUUUCUUGGUCUUUCUAUGGAAAGAAAUGUGGUGGACUGGAUUCAUAACAACACAGAAGGCAAUAACAACGAGUCAGCAGUGCAUAAGUACGGCACGUUGAGAGACUCGGCGGCCAAUGCAGAGAGUUGGAGGUUAAAUUUGUCUAAUGAUAUGGUUAAUUACACACAAACUGUCUGUAAGCACAUUUUAGACGAGCUUGGCUACAAAGCAGUCAACUCCCCUGAGGAUCUGAAAAACAUGUCACUCUCGCUCACUGAGGACAAAACCUUAAUACCUUUUUUGUAA